AUGCCUCCGUUAUCACCUUGUAGAGCAGCGUUGCUGCAGGCCUCAAGACGAGCUGUUCAAACGAUACCCCGGCCUUUCAUAACCUCACAAAGAUAUGCUUCCACCAGGAAACAUCCCAAGGGCUUCGAGCCGCCAUCAACAGCCGAGCUAGAAGAGCUACGAGAACGGACGAUCGAGUUCUGCCGAAGAGAGAUCACACACGAUCUUGCUCAGGCAACAGACCACAAAAAUGAGUUUCCAAACGAGCUAUGGCAAAAGCUGGGCGAGGCAGGCUUCCUGGGCAUCACAGCCGAUGAGGACUAUGGCGGGUUGGCGAUGGGAUACCAGGCGCAUUGUAUAGUGCUAGAAGAGCUUAGCAGAGCAUCUGGUAGCAUUGGACUAUCAUACGCUGCGCAUUCCCAGCUUUGCGUCAAUCAGUUCCAAUUGCACGGCACGGAUGAGCAGAAGUCGCAGUGGUUGCCAGGACUGCUGUCUGGAGAGAAGAUUGGGGCAUUGGCAAUGUCAGAACAUACUGCCGGCAGUGAUGUUGUCAGCAUGAAGACUACGGCAAAGAAGGUGGAUGGAGGAUACCAAUUGAACGGGCACAAGAUGUGGAUCACGAACGGUCCUGAUGCUCAUGUCGUCAUUGUGUAUGCGAAGACCGAGCCAGAUGCUGGAAGCAAGGGCAUAACUGCCUUUUUGGUUGAUACCACGUCCCCUGGGUUCAGUGUAGCGAGGAAGCUGGAUAAGCUGGGCAUGAGAGGGUCGAAUACUGGAGAACUCCUUUUCGACAGUGUUUUCGUGCCUGAAUCAGCUAUGCUUGGACCAUUGAACCGCGGAGUCAAAGUACUGAUGGAAGGUCUCGACCUGGAACGAUUGGUCUUGUCCGCUGGUCCUCUCGGACUGAUGAAGGCCGCCCUGGACGUUACCCUCCCAUACGUGCACGAACGCAAACAGUUCGGUGUCCCCCUCGCCCACAACCAGUUCAUCCAAGGCAAGCUCGCCGACAUGUACACCAAAUACUGCGCCAGCUCCGCGUUCACCUACUCCGUCGCCCGCGCCAUCGACGAAAGCUUCGAGAGCCCCGAGAUCAAAACGCAGGACUGCGCAGGCGCGAUUCUGUAUGCUGCUGAACGGGCAACGGAGUGUGGCAUGGAUGCGAUUCAGUGUCUGGGUGGGAUGGGGUACAUGAAUGAGAUGGCUGCUGGCAGGAUCAUGAGGGAUGCGAAGCUUUAUGAGAUCGGAGCGGGAACGAGUGAGGUUAGGAAGUUGGUGAUUGGGAGGGCUUUUAACAAAGAGUAUGCAGAGAGGUGA